UGUAAUAUUCAGGCCUGAGAAUCGCAAUGGUGAACGUGCCACAGAAAUGUGAGGAAAACUGUGCCAGAGAAAUCGAUAAAGAAGGUUUCAAAUGGGCUCGGAUGGAGAGAAACGUAACUAUGAAGUUGCCAGGAUUGCAGCGCAUUCUGUAAUGACAACUCGAGGGGAACACAUUGGCAAGCUGCCAUGGGGAGGAGUCAAGUGACUGCUGAUGCCGUCAGGUUGCCAUGGUUUCAGCCUUCCUCGGGCGCCUCACGCAGCCGCUAGAGACGAGCCGAUUUGAAUGUGGCCGCUGGUCUUUGCCGAACGAUCGCCGAACCCGAUUGAGGACUUGCCGACCGAAGGAGACGCGAGGAGGGAUGGACGUGAGGAAGGAGACGUAGAAGGAGAUAAGGUGGCGUAGGAAGGAGUGCAGGGGACACAGAAGGACGCAAAGCGCGCAAGGAGUCAAGGAGGCGUAGAAGGACUUAUAGAAGGAGACACUGAAGGAAGGAAGGAUGGAGAGAGUGUGAGUCUUGCGGUCCUCCAGGAAUGAUGGCAUCUCAAGAGGAGGGUUCAACCCUGCGCCGGUUCUUCCAAUACGUGGAGGACCGCUGCCUUCAGGCGUACGACGACCUCGUCAUCCAGAACGCCUCGGACAUUUCCCGAGAGAGCGACCGCGUUCGGAACAAUGCCAACUGGACCUACUUGCAGGAAAAAAAGCAGAAGAAGAAACGUCAAGGAGAGGCAAUAAAAAGGACUGACGACGAGGCGGCCGGCGCAACGGACGUGGCGUAUUGCGGAAAACAUUUCCGGAUGGGCUUCAUGACCGUGCCGCCGCCGCAGGACCGCCUGCCCGCUCCCGGCCAGGCCUUCGGCGUCCGCUCUCAGUCCCUCACCUCGGUGGGCGCCGACGCCGCCGACGAGCGAAAACAACCGCCGCCCAAACCCAAGAGGGAUCCCAACACCAAACUCAGCGGCAGCGCGGAGGCGCUUCAUACGCAAACUCAGGAGCAAGAUGAAGUUCACUUCCACGCGUGCAGUGAGGACUCGAAGAAGGCGCCUCCGCCCAAACCCAAACGCAACCCAAACACGCAGCUCAGCUCGUCCUUUGACGAAUCCCACGUGGGUAACCAUGGCAGCCACCAGACGGACACGCCGUCUUCGCAAAGUCGCUUUUGGGCUUCCCGAGACGAUUCCGAGUCCGUUUACAUCGAAAUGACGGGAAACGUCCCCGUCAAAAGUCCGGACGAUCAGAACGAGUCGGUGUACGAGGAAAUGAAAUACUCGGAUUCCUGCUUGUCUCUGUGCCACAUCCCUCAACCUUUUCCCAACCUGCUGACGCACCGGCCGCCGUUGCUUGUCUUCCCGCCGUUCCCCCCUCAGCGGUCCCCCAAUUCGGACGAGUCUCCGCUGACCCCCGUAGACGUCACUCAGCUGUCUAUGCUGGGGAAAAAGGCGGGGCUCGCGGAACAUUCCAGAAGCUCCGCAAGGAGCAAAGACGAAGAAGAGUGGCCGCCCGCGUCCAACGUCACGUCUUCGGGUCGCUCGUCUGCGCCUCUUCCGUCCGGCCCGUACACGUCGUCUAGCUCCGCCCACAACGGGAACGCGCACCCGCGCAGCCAAUCGGCGUGCCCCUCCCCCGUGAGCGCGGGCCACUCUCGGACGCCUUUGAGCCUGAAGAGACCGCCCCCCUACAACGCCUUGAUGGCCGGCCGGCCCCCGGAGGGCGCGGGGACGAAGUACGGCAACUCGGCCGCGUCGCUGGACGACCUCACGGCGCCGCAAACGUCCGCCAACAAAGACUGGAGGAGCAGGCACAGCACUGAAGAAUUAAAGUGUUUGCGACAACUCGGUCGCUCGUCAUCAACGUCGGGGGUGCCUUCGAUGCCUUCAGCGCCGCAAGACCAUCCCGCCCUCAGCCAGAUGCCGUGGCUGUGCGGAGACGCCACCAUGAUGGAGACGAUUGAGAAGAAAAGAGUUUUGUGUCGCCAAAUCAAAAGCCGCCAGCGAGCUGAAAAGAAUCUCGGCAAACAGGACAACCUGCCCGCCGUGCCCGACUGGAGGAGGAAACAACCGCCGCCGUAUUCCGCUCCGUCCACGGCGGCGGCGGUCUUGUGGGACACUGCCAUCUAAGGAGCACCGCGCCCACCGCGAUGUCUUCUGUCUGGCCCGACUUGUCUCGUGGCCACACAAAAUGGGACCUCAAUCACGUGCUCGCUGAGCACCCAUUCUGAGCAGCAGGGGGCGCCGCGAAGCUGCUGCCCGUUGCUUCGGAUAGGAUUGCGGAGCACGUGCAGUGAACCGCCGCCCUUUGCGGGCAUCCGGACCGAGCCCUGCCCCGAAUAAUAGAAAUUGGCAAAUGAUUGACCCCUCCAAAAGAGGUUUGCAAUUGAGUAUAGAUGCCACAAGAUGGCAGCAGAGCACUUCAAGGGGAACUGAACCCCCAAAACUCAUGAAGCAACAAUACAUUGUGUGCGCCAGCACUAGUCGAAACAUGGCACUCGGUUUAAUAUUUAAUAUUGUGUUGGUGAAAUAACAAUUAAACGGAAUAAUUCAUCAACGUAAGCGGGGCGCCAUGUUGGACACGCUCUGUUCUUUCUCCACAUUCUGAACCGACUGAAAGUGUUGCAAAUAGCUUGGGAACGACUCGUGAACGUGCUCGUGUCUGAGAAGCCGUGUCGAACUGCGCCUCUUCCCAAAAUGGAUCGCGCAGCCGCCACCGAGGUGCGUGCGUGCGUGUGUGCGUGCGUGCGUGCGCAUUCAUAUCCGACAUUUUGUGUCUCGCUUCGCUUGCGGCUCGAAGACAUUUGAAAAAGAGUUUGGCGGGAUGAUGCCACCAAAGUCAGGGUCGCGCGAGCGCAGAGUGACGUGGACGACUACCGCCAGCGUCGUAUUCAUGAUACCUUUUUUUUUAUAGAGUGCCAAUGUGUGUGUGUUUUAGCAAUUGAACCUGAUUUUGGGGUUGUGCCGCAAAGGUAUAUGCUAGCAAGAAAAGGUAUAGUAUCAACUUGAACGAUGCCAGAUGCUAGCUUCAAGUAAACAGCAGCUGAUGAGGGAGAUAUACAUAUUUUGACAUCUUUGGUUUAGUUCCCCUUUAAAAUGGGGAGGAUCAUAAAGCAUCAACACUAUGCUUCGAGCGUGUACACAAUCAUGAACCCACGGUACAUAAACGACUGCGUUCAGCAGUAAAAUGCCACGACAAACAAACCACCUUCACGUGAUUCUCGUCAAUAGUCGUAGGUAGCAUGCUAGCCUAAGCAAUAGGCUAGCACAAACUGGCGGGACGAACACUUGCAUCAUACACACGGUGUAUUAUUAUCUCAUCAAACUCACUCUUGUGCAUUUACGCACGAGAGUAAAAUGACAGGGAACAGGCGAAGUCGACGACACGGGCUUUUAGUAGAUGCAACGGCAAAGAAGACAAAAGGAACUUUCACUUUGUGCACGAGGAGCGCCGACAAAACGGGACGUUUGCCAUGCGGAUGCAAAACACCUGUGAAUCAAAAACAAAACAAACAAAGUCGAACGUUGUUGCUUUGGCCAGAACCCCAAAUCAGCAAAUAAGAGGAUUAGUCCCCCACCCCAAAAAUAAAGAU